CACUCUCGUCUUUUUUUUGUCUCUUGUAUUUUCCAAUUUUUUUUUCCCUCUUAUCUUUCAACUUUUUUUUUUUUUUACUACAAUUUUUUUUAUUUGGAUUCUUUUGUAUUGAAUUCAUGCUGACACCAUCACAGUAUGAACGUACAAGAGGAUCUUCCAUCUUUCAAUAUAACAUCAAACUACAGUACAGAUUCAUUCUUGACUAAUAAUAAUAACCUUCUUGUAGAAGGUCCUGAUGGAAACAAUAUACUUUGCGACUCACCUCAACCGACACAUCUACCAAACUAUGCUGGCCCCGAUCAUUGCUCUCCUUCUUCUUACCAUAAUACAAAAGAAUAUGUCAAACAUACUAUCGAAAAUCAACUGGAACAACAAGGUCAUCAAGAUGCACAUCCUACACCGACCAAUUCUCAAGAACAACAAAUAACAAAAAGAUCUACACGUCGUGUGAAACCUCGUCGAGUGAUUGGGAACUAUACUCUAGUCAGUACGUUAGGGUCAGGUUCCAUGGGAAAAGUUCGUUUGGCUAUUCACAAUCUAACUCAAGAAAAGCUUGCGGUAAAAAUUGUGCCGAGGGUUGGAACUCAAGAACAUUUACCAAAGGAUGAAAUCAAUGCCAAGAAGAAAAAGGAAAAAGAUCAACAGAGUGAAAUUAGAACGAUCAGAGAAGCUAGUAUCAUGUUACUUCUUCAUCAUCCAUAUAUUGUCAGUCUCAAGGAAAUGAUAGUAUUGGAUCCUUAUUACUAUAUGUUUAUGGAAUAUGUGGAUGGUGGUCAACUUUUGGAUUUCAUCAUCUCUCAUGGGAAACUCAAGGAACGUCAUGCUCGUCGGUUUGCUCGACAGAUUGUUAGCGCAUUAGAUUAUUGUCAUCGAAAUUCUGUUGUACAUCGUGAUUUGAAAAUUGAAAAUAUCUUGAUCUCUCAAAAUGGUAAUAUCAAAAUCAUCGACUUUGGUCUCUCGAAUUUAUUCUCUCCAAGAUCACAUCUCUCUACAUUCUGUGGAUCUCUCUAUUUUGCUGCUCCUGAAUUGUUGAAUGCCAAGGCUUAUACUGGACCCGAAGUGGAUGUAUGGAGUUUUGGCAUUGUUUUAUAUGUUUUAGUCUGUGGAAAGGUACCUUUUGAUGAUCAGAAUAUGGCAAUGCUUCAUGAAAAGAUCAAACGUGGUGUAGUAGAUUACCCCUCUUCUCUCAGCUCAGAUUGCAAAAAUAUCUUGUCAAGGAUGCUUGUGGUCAAUCCUAGUCAUCGUGCAUCUACUGCGGAAAUCACUAUACAUCCAUGGAUGAAUAAAGGAUACAAUGAACCUAUCGACAAUUUCUUACCGGAUCGUGUGCCAUUGACUUUACCUGUAGAUAUGGAAGUAGUUCGUGGAAUGACUGGUUUUGAAUUUGGUACAGAACAAGAAAUCAAGUCUCAACUGGAAACCAUCAUUCAGUCUGAUGAAUAUCAAAAAGCAGCAUCAGCUUUAGCCGAAAGACAAUCACAACAAUCUCAUAGAUAUCCAUCUCAUUCUCCUCUCUCUCGACGUCCUCCAGUAUUCAAUUUACCCAAUGAUGAUCCACAAUCUAUACCAGCAGCCUAUCAUCCAUUGAUCUCUAUUUAUUAUUUGGUCAAGGAACGAUUGGAUCGUGAACAACAACAAUCAAACAAUCACCAAAAUGACGAUUCUAGUCUUCAUUUACCAAUCAAGUCUAUACACAGUCCAUCCUCUCUCCAUAGAAAUGGUACCAUUGCUCCAACACAUUCUAUGAUACCAGAGAAUGCCACUACUACUGAUCCUAGAGCACGAUUCGAUCUACCUUCACAACCUAAUACCAUUAUCUCCAUGCCUGAAGCUGCUCAUGCUGCACAACCAUCAAUAUCACAACAUCAACCCAAUCUCUUCAUCACACCGACAGAUUCACCUUCUACAUCAACAGGAGUGGCCUAUGAUCGACGUCAUGGAUUGCCAUUAAGUAUCAACACAAAAAUCAACCAUCAUCAGUUAGAAGAAAAUGAAGGAUCAUCGUUAUCGGCUGGCACAAGACGACUUGGACGUACAUUCAGCAAGAUGUUAUCAAGGAAAAGUGCAGGUCAUGAGGAUAAGAUAAAACCAGAUGAAUGGAAAUCCGGCAGUGGGGACAAUCAACAUGAUCGACUUCAUAGGUCUACUACGACAACCACAACACAUGAACAUGAACAAUCCUUUCCCAACAAUGCAGGUGGUACUCUUCAUCAGCGUCUAGGCACAGCGGACGAGCAAGUGAAACCAGUAUUCUUGAAAGGACUCUUCUCAGUAUCGACAACAUCCACCAAACAUCCUUCAGUCAUACGUGCAGAUUUGAUUCGUGUUUUGGAACGCAUCGGGGUCAAAUGGCGUGAAAGCAAAGAUCGAUUUGAAUGUGUCCAUGUACCUAGUAUUGAUAUGAACCGUGUGACGACAGAUGGAUCUACCCAGUCUUUAUCCUCUUCCUCCUCCAAUCACAACAAUCCAGCGGUUACAGUGCCUGAUUUAGUCGUAAGAUUUGAAAUCUAUAUUGUCAAGGUCCCUUGGUUAUUAGGAAUGCAUGGAUUACAAUUUCGAAGAGUUAGUGGUGAUACUUGGCAAUACAAAAAUAUAUGUAGUAUCAUUUUGACUGAACUCAAAUUGUAG